AUGCUCGACAAGCUCGUCGGUUUCACCAUGCUGGUGGCCGCCUCCGUCAUCUUCCUCUACUACACCAUCUGGACCCUCCUCAUGCCCUUCGUCGACGGCGACCAUCCCCUUCAGAACCUCUUCCUCCCUCGCGUCUGGGCCAUCCGCAUCCCCGUCAUCCUCCUCCUCCUCGGCUCCGCCGUUGUCGGCUCCUUCGUCGGCAUGGUCAUGAUCCGAAGCAACCAGAAGAAAGCUGCCAAGGCCAAGGCUGCCGCUAAGAAGAAGGCUUAA